GGGAAUCAGCUGCGAUGGCUUCGGGAAUUCUGGUGAACAUAAAGGAGGAGGUAACCUGCCCCAUCUGCCUGGAGCUCCUAACAGAACCCAUGAGCCUGGACUGUGGGCACACAUUUUGCCAAGCCUGCAUCACUGCAAACAACAGGGAGUCUAUGAUUGGCCAAGAUAGCAGCUGCCCAGUGUGUAGGAUCAGUUACCAGCCUGAGAACCUGCGUCCCAAUCGACAUGUGGCCAACAUUGUGGAGACGCUUAGGGAGGUGAAGUUGAGCCCACAGGAGGAGCAAAAGAGGGAUCUUUGUGUGCAACAUGGAGAAAGACUCCUGCUCUUCUGCAAGGAGGAUGAGAAGAUCAUUUGCUGGCUUUGUGAGCGGUCUCGAGAGCACCGUGGUCACCAAACAUUCCUCAUGGAGGAGAUUGCCCAGGAGUACAAGGAAAAGCUCCAGGCAGCUCUGGACAGGCUAAGGGCAGAGCAGCAGAAAGCUGAAAAAUUGGAAGAUGACCUUGAAGAAGAGAGAACUUCCAAGAAGGAUCAAAUAGAAAAUGAGUUGAAAAGUGUCCAGGAUUGUUUUAAACAACUGAGAGGUAUCCUGGCCAGUGAGGAGCAAAAGGAGCUGCAAAGGCUGGAGAAAGAGGCAGCAGAAAACCUCGAUGACCUGGCUCAGGCUGAGAGAGAGCUGGCCCAGCAGAGGAAGUUGUUGAGAGAUCUCAUCUCAGAUCUGGAGCAUAGGUUGCAGGGGUCAACAGUAGAGAUGCUGCAGGAUGUGAAAGGCACUAUGAAAAGGAGUAAGAACUUCACUCUGAAGAAACUAAAAACUCUCUCCAUGAAGCAAAGGAGAGUGUUCCAAGCUCCUGACCUGAGAUGGAUGCUGCAAGUGUUUAAUGAACUGACAGAUGUGCGACGCUACUGGGUACACGUGACCCUGGAUCCUCCCACGGAUAAAUCAAAUAUUGUCAUUUCUGCGGAUCGGAGACAAGUGAAGCCUGCCUUUUAUUUGAGAACACUUUAUUUGUAUCAGAAAGGCAAUUAUGAGGAUUACGGUGUCCUGGGGUCACCUCCUAUCACAUCAGGAAAACAUUACUGGGAAGCAGAUGUGACAGAUAAAUAUGCCUGGGUUUUGGGGUUGUAUGGUGUAAAAUGUCCUGACUCCAAUAUGAUGGAUUUUGUAAAACAAGGUAAAAAGCGUCAGCAUGUUUGCUCUCAGUAUCAACCUAAAUAUGGCUACUGGGUUAUAGGGCUACAGAACCAUUCUGAAUAUAAGGCUUUUGUGGAUUCUGACUCCUCUGACCCCAAGACCGUAACCCUGUUCCUGAGUGUUCCUCCCCGUCGUGUUGGGGUUUUCCUAGACUAUGAUGUUGGCACUGUCUCGUUUUUUAAUGUCACUACCAAUGGGUUUCUCAUUUAUAAAUUCUCUUCAUGUUCCUUUUCUCAGAAAAUGUUUCCGUAUUUCAAUCCUAUGAAAUGCACUGCCCCCAUGACACUGUGUUCUCCCGGCUCUUAAACCGCUUACACCCUCACCCACUUCUCUGGAGUGCCUCUUGCCUUAAGUGCAUCUAAUAAUUUGAGCUGACGUUCUCACCAUCUUUUCUGGGCUCUUUUUUUUUUUUCUUUUUUCAAUUUGAAGACCCUUCAUUCAUCAAUAGGGUGUAUAAUUUGCCUCAUGUCAUAUUUUCCCAAAAAUCUUAUUUGCAUUCAUAGACAAUCCUAAUUCUUGAGUUUUAUCAUCUCAAGGAAAAUGACUAAUGCCUCAUAAAAAAAAAAGACAUGUAUGGAGGUAACAUAUCUACCAAGUUCUACAAUUUCAUGUCAUUUGCCCCUGACUGAGAAGAUGAAGGAAAGCUUUUCAAAAACUUUUAUUGAAGACCUUGUAUAGAAGUCAUUCUCUACAGAAUGAAUCCUCAGAAGUCUGUCUGUUUACUCAUGAUGUUUGUUAUUCAUCAAGGAGUGAAGGAGAAAAUAUUAAAUAUGGGAUUUUAAUAGAUUUCUUAGAGAGAGAGGAAGGGAGAGGUAGAUAAAGAUAGAAACAGUGAUGAGAGGGAAACAUCAAAGGGCUGUCUCCUGCAUGUCACCUACUGGGGAUUGAGCCUGCAUCCAGGAAAUAUGCCCUGACUGGGAAUUGCACCAGCUACUUCUUGGUGCAUGGGUUGAUGCUCAACCACUGAGCAACAUCAGCCAGGCAAUAAGAAAAUAUCACAAACUAGCAGCCCAGUGCAUGAAAUUCAUGCACUGGUGAGAAGGGUUCCUCAGCCCAGCCUGCGCCCUCUCACAGUCAGAGACCCCUCAGGGAUGUCCAUCUGCUGGCUAAGCAGGCAGUCAGACAUCCUUCAUGCAAUCCGGGGCUCUCACAGUCCAGGACCCCUCACUCCUUCCCGCCUGCCUGCAGCAGAGGUGGGAGAGGCUCCCACUGCCACUGUGCUCUCUAGCUGUGCGCCCAACUUCUGGCUGAGCAGCACUCCUGCUGUGGGAGCACACUGACCACCAUGGGAUAGCUCCUGCAUUGAGCGUCUUCCCCCUGGUGGUCAGUGCACAUCAUAGUGACGGGUUGUUCUGCCGUUCAGUCAAUUUGUAUAUUAUGCUUUUAUUAUACAUGAUAAUAUGUACUACAAGUGUAAGUUCUGUGUCCUCAUUAAUGAGUUCAUGUCCAAUUUCUCCAAAUAUGCACAGUGAAUUUUGAAUAAAAUACCUGAAUGCUGAUUAAUUUUCUUUAAAUAAUCCUAUCUAAUAAUAGAGUAACAUGUAAAUUAUCAUCACUCCACUACGCCCACGAUUGGGCGGCGGGAGGCUUGGGGGCGGGACUUGGGGUGGCCUA